AAAAAAUCUGUAGGAGUUUGGAGAUAUUCAACAACAUUUCUCCAGUCUACAACCAAAGUUGUCGACUUGAAUAUCCCGAAGAAAACACCUGUAGAAUAUCCCUAAAAAAUUUAUCAUUAAGGUAAUAUGUCGGAGCGUGCCUCUGCGGGUCAGAUACGCCGAGCCUCGGGAAGGAGCAACACCGCACACCUACGCGAGUUGGUGGAAUCAGGAUGGACUAGGCAAGAUCUGGACAAUAUGGCCAAUAGCCAGGAAGGCAAGGGUGCGUUGCAUCUGGCUGCAUGGCAGGGAUCCCUUGGUAGCAUUGAUUAUCUGGUGGAGGAGUUGGGCUGUGAUAUCAAUGUUAUCGCACGCGGCAAGUAUAGCUAUGGCAAGACUCCUAUAUUCUUCGCGACUACCCGAAACAGGAACACCAUGGUACGGCACCUGCUGCAAAAAGGUGCAAAUGUCAAAGUAGUGAAUAACAAGGGCCAGUCGGUGCUGAGUAUCGCAAGCUCGCAUCUGACACCGGAGACGAUCGCCCUUGUGCGCGAAGCUGAGGAGAGACAGACGGAUAUAGAGUGGACUAACUACCGCAAGACACACUCGGAUGGGGAGGUGUACGGUGAUUUAGACCCGAGAUUCCUAGAGCGGCCUAUCAGGGCCACAGACGUUGUGACGGAUCUGGCUGUGAACCCCACAACUAGGAAGUCACGACUCGAGAGCUACAGCCGACCCGACAACGAGAGGGCGAAUGGCAAGGCUCACAAUAAGGCGCAGAAGAGGAAAGGUGAGAAGAAGCCGACACCGCCCAGCGCCGAGUUACUGAUCAAGUACGAACGUGUGUGGGAGCAGUUGUGUGGUGUGCUGAAGGGUGUAGGUGUAAGUACAGGGGACGUCCUGAGUGAUAGUGUGAACGUACAGUCUCUGUCUGCGAACAAGAAACUUCCGGAUACAGAGAUUCAUAUCAAGUCGGAACGUGCGCGAAAGGUCAGUAUAAUGGAGUAUGGAGUGGGGGCUGAUGACAACAGUAUUGCGUGUAUUGUUAGUGCGCAUAGUGUGGGUCAUAGUACAGAUAUCGUUGGUUCUGCGGCACAACAAAGCACAGUCGCGUCUGAUCCCUGUGUCUCAGAGGUUGACAACAAUAAGUCCCUGUUUGAGUGUGAAAUGGCAGCCACUACCUUAGCCUAUAAAGCAAUGAAGAGUGGUAUGUUUGGUGGCAAUCUUACAGAAGUGCGGUGCGUAUCGAUCGAUUCCAAUUUGUCCGAAUUCGAUUCGUUUUUAUCGUAUGAAGGCGAUAAGAGCUCGACGGAUGUGGUGUCUGUUGGUUCAGGUGAUCCGCCCACGCCGGCCGCCAAUGGCCGUGAUGGUCUGUAUACACUUGCUUCACAGUUUGGUAACCUAGAUAUAAACGUUGAGCCGUGCCCGGUGAGUCUGGACACCGCUUUAAUCAGCGCUGCAGUGCCACUGUUCGUGCAGAUUGUUCAGUUAGAAGACGCCUUGCGCCGGCCGUGGAUCCCCACUGCCACAACACGGCUGCAAGGUACUACCCAUGGGGUUGUUUUGUUAGACACGGCGAUUGCGUAUCUGGAGAUGCCAAUCGCGCAGGACAAUGAGGAUAGCGAUGCCGAUACGAACUCAGAAGAAGUAACGCCGAAGGGCCAACAGGUGGGUGUGAUGAAGCCUGGGAUGUGCGAGAGGGGUGUGAAGUGUACUAAAGUGGUGCAGGCUGUGAAGGAGAGUACUGAGAUUAUGGACAAGACCGUGUCAGAGUUGGCUCAAGGGCAGGAUACAGCAGGGAAAGUCAGCGUGGAAUGCCGGACAAGAGAUUUGGUACUGCUGAAGAAAUGGCAGCAGCAUGUAUACAAGGAGCACGAAUCGGAUUCCACAACUGGCUCACCGUCGCCGCAGCUGACACGCAAACAACGCCAACAGCGGAAGCAAUCACUUGACGAAUUCAAUACGACGUCUGACUGGAAACGUGCUCGUGAGGCACUGAAGGGCCUCACUACUGAAUUGUUAUGUGACAGCGCUAAGAGUGGCUCGGUCUUGACACUACCAUCGCCAGCGACGUUUGUGGAUGGGACGUCUGAUCUGGCACAGUUGGAGGAGCGGUUGUACGAACACAUCCGAAGGUGCGACGACAAGGGUAUGAGGGCUGUGGUCGCUUUCGAUACAGAAUGGGCGGGGGAGGGCGAUGACGUAGGACUGGCUACGAUCCAAUUGGCCGUUGGAAACACACAGACACAAGAGCACAGUAUCGAGUCUUGGAUAGUAGAUCUUCUGAGUGAAGAGAUUGAGGAUGACGCGCAGGCAUUUCUUUCCUGGUUAUUUGUCCAUAGUGGUGUGUUGCUGGUGGGGUUUGCCAUUGGCCACGAUCUCAACAAGCUCAACUUAUUCCUACAUCGUCGUGUGGAUACUGAUGACCGCUUAGUUGCACCAAGCCAUACACAUAAAGAACCGAAUACAUCCGAAUGUGACAGCUGCUUAUUAGACCUACAGACUGCCGCACGCGUGGAGGGUCUGAAGACGGGGUGCAUGCCCGGGUUGAAGAAGUGUUGCCAACAUUAUAUCUCCAACACUCGCGCACUGGAUAAGCGCGAACAAAGGUCUGACUGGGCACGGAGACCCUUGUCGGCGUCACAGUUGGAGUAUGCUGGGUUGGAUGCCGCGGUCCUGCUUGUGCUGCUGUCGGCGAUGGAUCGGAGAAUAUACCACGGUGACAGCUAGGAAGCUUGGUUGAGCGUGAGGAUGCAGAGUAAAUUUAGACGUAGUCUUGAUUGGUUUGAUUAGCACAUCUCAAUAUAUCUCAUGAUUUAGAAAACUACCUCUGUGUUCCAUGUGUGAAAGCAAGAUUGCAUUGGGAUGCACACUGGGUAUCAAGUAAAGGUGGCGGUUAUAGGUCAUUGAAUAUGUCGGAAAGUAUGUGCAGUGAUUUCUGAGAGGUCUGGUUGACCGAGAUGAUGUACAUUAAAAUCAUAAUAGCAUCAUU